CUUUGUGUGACUGAAAACGGUUGAAAGACCGCGGGCGAGGUGAUAAUACAAAAACAAAGCUAUAAACGGUCGAGAUAGGCAGGUAGCAACUGAGUUUUCUUUGUGAACAAUGAGGCUGGAAAAUGGAAGGAUCUAGACGGUAGGUAUUGGACGAAAAUAGUCGCGGGCCCUGAGCCAGGUGACGUCACCCGGCUGGGCCGCGGCGGGGCAAGACGGGCCCCGCGCUCAGUGUCGCGCGCGCCGCCUGCCUGCUCGCACGUCGCCGCCGCCCGCGCCGCCGCCGCAUCACCCGACUAUCCAGACAAAACAAAAAUGGUGCGAAAAUACGAGAGAUUAAGUGGACGCCAGUCGUGGAGCGAAGAAGACAUGGCGAAGGCCGUGGGAGCCGUGGUGUCCGGCAAGAUGGGCUACAAGCUGGCCGCGCGGACCUUCCACAUCCCGCGCUCCACGCUGCAGCGGCGCGCCAGCAAAAUCCGCUACCUGCACGCCUCGCCGCCCGACGACCCCAAGCCGCUCAUGGGCCACUACCGACGAGUCUUCACCGAGAGCCAGGAGCAGGAUCUCGUCGGAUAUAUCAAGAGCAUGGAGCAGUUCUUCCUGGGCGUCUCCAGGAGAGAUAUAAGGGAGCUGGCGUUCCAAUACGCGGAGGAUAACCACCUCAACCACCCCUUCGACGUGAACUCCCGCAUGGCGGGCGAGGACUGGGUCAGAAACUUCCUCAAGAGAAACCCCGAGCUGAUGGACAACAUGGCCAAGGAGUACGACUCCGCUAAUUUUGAUCAGUUCUACCAUUUUAUGUCCCAACUAUCAUGAUGUUAGCUGAUAAUGGAUGGUGCGGGAGUAGCAAAAGUACAGGUACGAAAGACAACUCAGCGUUUACAAACCUAUAUGAAUUCUUGAUAUAUAUCGAUGCCCGGCAUUGGAUUGCGAGACUACCAGCAAUUUAUCUCGCAACUAUAGUAUUUGAAUCGCUGAGUUGGCCAAAAUGUCACCAGGUUUCGAUAUCAGGUGGUAAAGGACGGUAUAUACGUUAAAAUUGGUAGCGAUUUCGAAGACAUAACUAUAGAAAAUGAGAUCUACAAAUCCAAUCUUAAAGUAGAAAUUCGAACAAAUCAUGUUAUGUUUUAACAUUACGGAAAUUUAAAUUCAUGCUUUCAGUAUGGAGUGCGAACUACCUAGCGGUACUCGCGCUGCAAUAGCUUCGCGCUAUAAAAAUUUGCGUCGAAUUUCACUGUUCGAUCGGUUUAGAAAAACCUACACUAGAUCCUCAGAAUCGCUACCAUUAUAAUAAUAUAUUCUAAAGAUAUAUUUAAAACGUAUAUUGUAAAAUUUUAGGCAAAUACAUUAUUAGAUAUUAGACCAAUGGUGUGGAGCAAAGCUCAAAUUUACAUAGUUAGUCGUGAAAGAUGUUAUAUUAUUUCUACAUACGUUAGUACUUAUAAAAACAUACGUACCAAAACCUACUGGUUUCAUAGUUUAUAUUAUGUUAAUAGUUAUAAGUUAUAGAGUAUAAUAUAGGUAUUUAAGUUGCUGUAAGUGGCUGUGAUAAAAGACGAAUAUAGUUUAUCAAUAGUAACAUUAUACUGUGGAAACAUGUAUCUAAAAGAAACAAUGACUAACCAGUCCAUGGAUCACAAAAUAUCGAUAGAUAAUAGAUAAAACACCUAACAAGAUUUCACGCGAAGAUAAGACCACUCAUGAGUAUAUAAAAUUUAUUGUAUUUAAAAGAUAAUUAAUCGGAUGUGAUAUGUAUUCGUAACAAGGUUAUCGGUGAUACAUUAGCUAGAACAGUUAAUCUUUUGGAAGCAGCACUUUAACGUAACUAUAAUAAUUAAUAAUAAUAAAUGUAAGUAGGUAAAUGUUAUGAGGGUUUGUGUUGAAUUAAUUGUUACCUGAUAUAAUUUUUGAUCUCUGAAAUGCCUAGAUAUUUUAAUUUUAAUUGUAUUUCUGAAACUAAAUUGUUAAUAUUUUAAAGAUACUUUUAAAGAGAUAUAUUUCUUAAUAUGUUACAAAAUUUUAUAUAACCUUAAAUUAUGCCAAAUUUUUAAUAGUAAUUGGAGAUUUAUUAAUAUAUUAUUACUUUCCGAGUAUGUGUAGGUACUUAAUACUUUAAAUUAUGUUUAAUCGUUAAUUUAAUAAAUUCCUGGAUAAAUUAUA